AACGAAGAGGAAGAGUCAAUACGAUGUUGGAUUGGUGAUAAGGGGCAACUGAGGGUUUCCUAUUCCCCCCAAUCUGUCUCUCCUUUCCCUGACCCGAAAGGAGACCCAAUUCCACCUUCAUUCUUCUUCUUCUUCUUCCUCUUCUUCUUCCUCUUCUUCUUCUUGAUCCUUCUCCCUUUUUCGUGGGCGAAGGCGUAGAGGGAAGAAGCUUCUUUUUUUAAUUUUUGUAGGAUUAGAAUUUAUCGGGGCGUAUAAAUUUCCCCAUAGAGCAAAGGGGUUGUCUUGGAUACGGGCUUCCUCGAUGGCGACCCAUGUUGUGUCCCCGUCAGCUGCUGCUGCUGACGUUGUUUCGACGCCGGAGGUGGCUCCUGCUUACCUGUCAAUGGUGGACCCUUUUCUCGUUGAAGCUCUCCAAAACCCUCGCCAUCGUCUCACCAUUCUGCGGAUGGAACUCGACGUUCAAAAGUUUUUGCAAAAUCCCGAUUUGGAACAGUUUGAGUUUCCACACUUCCCUACUUCCUAUCUUCGUCUUGCAGCGCACCGAGUUGCUCAACACUAUGGGUUGCUGACUAUGGUGGACAAUGUGGUUGAUGGUCAGGGAACUCGUAUUUUGGUGAAGAAAAAGGUUGAUACUAAAUACCCGACCCUCUGUUUAUCUGAUGUUCCACCCAAACAAUCAGAGAGUGAGAAACUGGAUCAGAAAAGAAUUGUAUUACGAUCAAGGCCUAGUAGAGCUUUGACAGGACAGAGUGAAUUGGGAGCCAAGCACAGUGCUAUAAGAACCAUGGAAGAGAGAAAGGAGGAAUAUGAUAGGGCACGUGCACGUAUCUUUAACGGUCCAAACAAUUUCGAAUCAGAAGAUUCAUUAGUUCACAGUGCUUCUGAUGGGAGGGACAUCGUGGAUGAAAAUGAAUAUAUAAAGAGCUCAGUUCUUGAUUUGGAGAAAAUUUUCCGCAGCAGGGAAAAUAGACCUGCCUCUCGUGUAGCCAUUUUUAGGGACAGGGAGAAGGAUCUUACUGACCCUGAUUAUGACCGAAGUUAUGAAAGAUAUGUUAAUAAGAACAUUCCAGUGAAUCAGAGCUUUAACAUGACACCAUUCGGCAUUCAGAAGUUCCAGCCUCCAUAUGUGCAAUAUGAUUCUGGUUUUCCCGUGCAGGGCCAAAUGCCCGGGACUCCUGCUUCGUUUAACUAUAGCAACCCAUUACCGAACCCUUACUGCGUGAUGGGAGGAUUAAAUCAAAUGUCUACCGAGGCUGCCAACAUGCAGUGGCCUACCCAGUCUAUGAUGUAUGCACAUUCAUACGAGCAACUUAGGCACGUUGCUUUUCAGGCCCCCUUCUAUCAGCAGCCUCUAAGUUUUGAUUACUCUCAACACCAUUCCUGACGACUAGAACUGUCUCUUCCAUGGCUGUCUGUAUAACAGGACACUGUAUUUUUGCCACCUAUUUUAGUGUUGUCUUAUUUUAGGGCCAUUGUAUAACACUGACUCACAAACUGCUAUUAUUCUCUAUUACUAUCUUUUGCUAUUGUUUCUGGGAUUUAUUCAAUGGACCUGGUUACUGUUA